AUGGUUUGCGCCGAUCAAUAUGUUUUGUGCAAUCCAUCCAUUGCAUCAUGCACUUCCGCAUCCGGUAUUCUUAGCCUUGUUAACAGCUUGAGGAGUCCCGCCCUGAACUUUAGUACAGCCCAGGUCUCGACAGCUGAUCGGAUUCUCUAUGCACUAGCACAGUCGAAUACAUAUACAACUGUGGCAAACCUCGGUACAGCGGCGCUGUGGGCCAACAAUAUGGUUACCGGGCACGUCUCUGUCGGCCUGCCUGACGAUCAGUGGAAGACUGAGGUGAUUGGCUGGUUUCAGACCAAUCUUGCCAUGCUACAGGCGUACGUCAUCGAUUUUGCCUCCAACACAGCUGACUUAGGUGCCUACGGAUACGUUGAACCGCCUAGAAGCCGUCAUCAGCGGGAUCAGUGCACCAACCAGCUAGUACAGGCCGUCGGCGAGGUACAAAACUUCAGUGUCUGUGGAGUGCUCAUCAUUAUUUGCGUCAGCGCUGUCCUAAUACUGUUAGAUUGUUCGCUUGAGCGCAUUGCGGACUUUAUCGAUGACUUUUGUAAGCGGGAUGCAAUAGCUAAGAGGGCAAGACAGGGAGACAACAAGCUACACCUUUUACGUAUGGCGCUAGGUGGAAAUGAUUGGGUGCUCGGGCGAUGGGACAUCCCCGUGCGGGAUGGUGCUGAAAAGUAUAACAGACCUUGCGGUUCGAAGAAGCUUGUCUCCUAUGGAGGUUCAAACACAGGACUCACGAGAGAAGAUACAGAAUUCGUGCAAGUAGACAAGUGA